AUGAGGACAUCCGCGGACGUCUUGGCGGCCAUCCUGCUGUGGCUCCCUCCCAGCUCCCGGCAGCUGGCCCGCCUGGUCUGCCGGCGAUGGCGCGACGUUGUAGACACGCGCACGACGGAGAUGCAGAGCCGCGCCAAGCCUCUCGUAGUUACGGACGCGGGCUCCGCGCACGCCGUGGACGAUCUAUCAACAGGGUGCCAUAGAGUUCUGUGGAAUGGCAUCCCUAGGGAUCUCCCCCACGAACGCAGGAACGUCAUCGUCGGCACCUGCAAUGGCCUGAUCUGCCUGUGCAACAACCGGAAGGUCGACGGCGUCAUCACUGUGAUUAACCCGGUCACCGGCGAAAAGCUGUCUCUCCCGCCGCUGCUAUCCACCACUGGCUCCCCAGGGAGCGGCUACAUUGUAGGCUGGCACGAGGAGUAUGGCUUCGGGUACCACCCAACGACUGGACGGCACAAGGUCGUGCAUGUGGCGGCCUACGAUAGGAAGGGAAACUCUCAUCAAGUGAAGGUGUUCACUUUGGGGGAGUCGUCAUGGAGGGACGUUGCCACGGGCUCUGUCCCGAGAUGCCAAUACAGUGCCGGCAUUGUCGGCGUCAACGGCACCAUGUAUUGGGCUGCGAAGCGCGGAAGGAAGCUCAUGGCACUGGACCUCGACCAUGAGAGUCUCUCUUUCAUCAAGUCGCUACUUGAUGUGUCGCCUGGAAGCUGGAACCUGACGGAGGUGCGGGGGAGGUUGGGGGUGGUGUUUUACUCGUUUCCUCAUCAGUUUUGA